AUAAAUGAAUUCGUUUAUGGGUCUACGAUUACAAUACCAAUUAUAUACGGAGUACAUAAGAGAUGUCUGUUAGAUUUUCAAGAAUCAAGGCAAAUACAAAUCACAAGAAUCAGAACAAGCUUGCGAGAGGUCAGUCUUUCUGUCAUGGAAAACAACCAUGAAGAGCUAGUAAAUGGUGCUUCUGCAGCAAAUGUGGUACCAAUACGAGGUGAGCCUGCAGUUGUCAUUAAUGGGGUGCCAGAUCCUUCACCAGACUUUGUAAAUGAAAAUGUAGCCAGGCAACCUGUGACAGAGUGUGCAGCUGAAUCUAUUGGGCCUUAUGGCCAAGGCGAAUGGCUGAAAGGAAGGAAAGUCCUUAAAAAGUUCGGAAGAAAAUAUUUCAAAGGCAAGGUCCAAAACUAUGAUCCCGAGACAAAUUGGUACAUGGUGAUUUAUGAAGAUGGUGACAGGGAAGAAAUGGAAUUGCAAGAUCUGCAGAUGGUAAUGUUACCGCUUGACAUCAGAUCUCCAUUGGAGACAUGGUUAAUGAAGCUGGCGAAGUAUAACACCCCAAAAAAUAAAUCCCAAAGAAAGAUGGAAGAGGAAAAUCGGUUCAAAACAAGGAGCACAGCAAUGAAAAAGAAAGCCAAGGGUCGAGGGUCACAUUGUGCUUCUCAUGGGUUCUGUGUGGGCUGUAAGUGACAAUUAAUAUCAUCGAUCUUCUAUUUGUAUGGUCUUAUAUUUCAGAAAUUCCCUGUACAAAUUGGAGAAUUUUUUAAUUAAGAAUGAUAACAGAGAAUUCCAUGCACCUCAUGUUAGUGGGACACCGUUCUUAAAUCCAAAAAUUCAUUUUUGUCAA